UUUUAUUUCUCCGGCUAGUGGCGAUGAGCAGAUUCACCAGCCAGAGACGGUACUUGUAUGUUGCUGCCAAAGUUGACAGCGGUGCCAUUCCAAAAACCAGCAGGCCUACCUCAGCUCCGCAAUCGGCGUCUGCGCCCGGGACCGGUAGCAGCGUUGCAACCAGAGCGCCCACUAGUGCACCGGCUGCUACUUCAGGAUCUCGAUCGGCGCCAUCCACAUCCAGGGCGGGCAAUAAUGUUCCGUCCAGGCCGCCCAGCACUGCAAGUAGCAAAGCUGCUGCACCCAGAGCCACCACGCUACCCUCUACUGGCAGAAUCACAGCGACGCAGCCUCCCUCUUCUGCUGUCACAGUGAGGAAAGAUGUCCAUCGGCCACCUUCUGCUGCAAUUGCGAAAAGGACCGCAGCGCCAUCAGCUGCCGCAAAAAAGCCCGAACCUACAGCCGGAGGAAAGCAGCCUUCUACCUCCAAAUGGGCCGCGCAAAGUAAAACGCAACAACCCGGUCCUGCAAAGCCUUCCAGUGCGGCUUCUUCCAAGCCUCCAGCGGCAAGCAAAGCACCCCUGCGAAGAACACCGCAUUCAUCUCCAGCUAACAAAUCCACAAACGGCAGCACGCAGUUGGCCAAGCAGGAGAGCAAACCUAUUCAAGCGGUGUUACCUUUCAGUGCCGGCGUGAAGAAGACCAAAGCUUCCAAAUGCAACCCCUCUGUCGGGACACGAGGGGGUGCUGUUGCAACGGUACCUAGGGCAGAAGUACCCCAAGAAACAUCUACUCUUGCAGAAGUGGUCCCACUCCAGGCUUCCACUCAGGAUCCACCAACAGAAGCGGUACCUCAAGUGAGCCCUCAGAGCCAUUCGGCGGCAUCCUCUCCUCCACGCAGCCCGCUCACUACAGCUUCAUCAAAAGUACCUCCACCGCAGCAGGAGAGUGAGAACGAUGCUCCUUCGGUUCAACAGGAGCAGGAGUCUACCUCCGCUGAGCUUCCGUCGGCCAAGGUGGCCCUGCUGCCGGAGAUACCCAGUCAGUCUGCUAACGUGUCCUCAGAGCAGACAGUUGCAAAGUCCAUCACUCAGGUAGCUCCGCCCAGUAAUCUAAAUGAUGAGGAAGAUGAAGAGGAAAGGGAGCCAAGUCAGCUGGUUUCAGUUUCCGAAAUGAGCGGGACUUCACAACCCACCGAGGAAUCGCGUCCCGGGUCGGCCGGACCGGUCGGCGGCUCCGCUUGGAGGGCCGGCGGCGCCUUCCCGGCUGAGCUGGACUCGCUUAGCGGGAGCCAACAGGGGGCGUCGGAGUUGAGUGCCCCCGGCGUCCUGGAGGGCACAGAGAGCAUGGACGAUCUCGGAGAGGGCAGCCUCAAAGGAGCCAUGGACAUGGAAGGGGCUUCGGCCGGCUCGCCGGACUUUCAAAAGGUUCCCGAUAUCCCCUUUAAUGACUACGAGGAGGAGGAAGAUUAUGACGAUGACUAUGAUGAAGACAGAGUGUGCGACAUGGACGUGGGCUCUGAAAAGACGGACGAGCUGCAGAGGCGCAGGCACGACAACGCCGCCGCCGCCGAUGAUGACGAAGAGGACGACGACGUGGAGAUGGCCAGCGAGGCAGUAACAGAGAGUGGACUGGAGAGCUACGGGAACGCCGACGAGGACGACUUUGCCGAAGAUGAAAGACAGGACAACUUGAACAGGUUGGUCCAGCUUUCGCCGCCUCCUCGGCUCCCGUCGGCGCCGGGUGCGACGUGGGACCGACCCGACCCGUUUGCUCAGCCCUGGGAAGAUCAAGCUCGACCUUCUCAAAUGGAGCAGCUCACUGAACUGGUCUCCCAACUCAGGCUGGUGGAAGCUCCAGUGAGCCCACUAAUGGACCCCCUGCAAGCAGACUCAGAGACUCCAUCUCAAUCCCCCGCUCAGGCCUGCCUCGAAAUCACCUCAGAUCCUCAAAACCAAGAUGUUUCUUUGUCUUCCAAGCUUGAGGAUGGGGCCAAGGUGCGCACGGAACAGUGUACUGCGGCGCCACGUCCGACGCCAUUUCAUCUAACUCCAGAGGGACUUAGCGUAGUGAGCCCCCGAAUUCACGAAGUCCCGCUCACCUCUCCCCAGCCUGAUGCGGGUGUUCAUAUGGCCAGCGGUGACCAGGAGGUCAAGGCCCAGUCCACGCCAGCAGACGAGCUUUUGAGAGGCGUCGUAAACGCUCUCGCUUCCAACCCUUCGUCAUCUUCCGUGACAGAGGACGAAGCCAGCGACACGGAGGGCGAAGCUCUGCUGGAAGAGUCUUUGGAGACUGCGUCCGAGAGCAGGAUGAACACGACCUUUGAGGUCCAGCCCCCCGGACAACGCUGCCUCUCCACCGUGGAAGAAGUGGAGGAGUCCGAGACGACGGCUUUGACCGACGACGCCACCCCGCCUUCCGCGACCUCUCUGGCGUCCUACGGCUUCGACUCGGCAACCACGGCCUCCAACGCCCAUUCGGCGGGCGAGGGCUGCGUCAAGAGCCCGGGCAUCUUCUCUCUGGAGGAGCUUCCCGCGGAAUCCAAGGAGCUCCGUCAGCAAGCCCAGUGCGACCUCGCCGAGCGGCAAUACGUGGAGUGCCGUUUCACGGAAGAAGGGCAAAGGUCCAAAGCGCAGGCUGUGAGCGCUUUGCAGACCACUCAAGAAAAGCCAGAAGACGCCGAGCCGCUGUACUAUUUGACCAUCUGUGAAAAGACUGACAACUCUUUUGGAGGCCUCACCUCGCAAUAUCAAGGCUGCCACCAGGGGGACCCUCACUGCGCGGGGCCCCGUCUGACCUGCGCCGACCUGCCGCCCCGGAAGGUCGGGCAGCAGAUGCUCAGCCCCCAGCUGCGACGGCUGGAGCAGCACCAGAAGCAGCUGAUGGAGAUGCAGCAGCGACGAGAGCAGCAGAGCAGACCCCUGGAAGGUGUCGAGCAAGAGAGGAAGAGGACAGAGGAGGAGGAACAGAAGAAGAAGAAGGACGAGGCGGAGGAGGAAAUCAAGAGGAAUGAGCGGGAACAAGCAGAGGAUGACAAAAUGGCUGACCAGGUUGGCAAAAUGCUCUCUGGGGAAGUCAACCUUGUCAAUGGAGAGGGCAAAAUGUCCGCCGAAGAGGAGGCGCAGAGGCACGAGCUGCAAUUGCAGCUUCUGCAGCAACAGACUGAAUUGAAGCAGAGGCAGCAGAUCCUGGAGUGGCAGCAAGAACUGGAGGAGCAGCCGCCUCCCGGCCGAACCGUGGUCCUGUCCCCCUCGUCGGGACUGUGUACCAUCUACGAAGCUCUGGAGAGCAGCGACGAAGAGACGGACGGCAUCCGCCGUCCCGAUCGCAAAAGGACUGCACCGGCGGAAUUGAGGGGUCCCAAUGAGGACCACUCCUCCUCCUCCCCUGAGCGCCCGGCUCCCUUGGACCUGGACUGGGGCGCCAAAGUGGACAUGGUGCAGCAGCUCAUCAAUCAGACAUUGCUACUCAACAGAGACGGCUGUUCCUCUCUGCUGGUUCUUCCGGGAGGGGCGGGUGGCACCUUGAGCCCCCUGGAGAGCAGCUUGUGGCCCAGCCUCCUGCCUCCCAUCAGCCCUCCCUCGGCCACAGUCACCUCUGUGAGCAGCUUCUCCCCGGAGGCCACUGGGAGCUCCCCUCAGGGGGAGUGGACAGUAGUAGAGCUGGAGACCCAUCACUAAUAUUCAAAUACGGGUCAGCUGUUCCACGAAACUGUUUAAUUUUGUGUCUGGAAUUUGUAGGAGAUCACUGGAGCUAGCGAGCUUACUUGACUUCUGGCGUACCUUCCUCGUCUUGGCUGAACAUCCAUCGAGGAGAUGUGAUUGUGUAGCUCAUGUCGUGACUACUGAACGUAAACACAUUUUAAGUUUCUACUGGACAUCCCUUUAUGCUGAAUAUCUGAGCCAUGGAUGUACAUUUUUUUUUUGUUAGGAGUUACACUGGAAACGACUCUCUUAAAUGACUUUUUUUUUUUUUUUUUUUUGCACCUAGCUUAAGAGCAUUUUUGUUGUUUGUUUUGUCCGCCCAAGGUUCAGUGGGUGUAAAAGUUUCCCCUUGUAACGUUUCAGUCAGGCACUGAUGCUUUACUUAUGUUUUUAUGUGUUCCUAUGAAAGCUUUUUUUUUUUUUUUUUUUGUCUGAAGGUCCAUGUGGAUUUUUACUUACAAUUCAGUGCACUAUUUGAAUGGCUGUCUUACUUGAAAAAUAGCCUACUACUCGCACCACUUGUGGACUUAAUAGUCACUAAAAUAAUUGACUAAAACAAAAAAACACGCUAGGAAAGAAAUUGUGGUUUCGUCCAAUGGUUAAUUAAUGUGGUCGCAGAAGUCACUCGUUGGUGCAAUUGACUUAGUUUUAGCUAUGUUACGAUUAGAUUCAUGUCAGAGCUGUUGCACUAAUUUUCAUGAAGGGAAGAGUCCUUGUAGUUUUUCUUCUAGAAGAGUCUAGUGUUUGUGAAUGAAAUCUAAUGAAGGUAAUCAAUUUUUUUUGUCCCUAAAUACGUUGUAUUUUGACACGGAGUUUUAAAAUGUCUUCUUGACUUUUAUUCUUGGCACAUUAAGUUGUUUUUUUUUUUUUAAUUUUCCUUAUAAAAUCUUGCAGACUCUGGAUUUUCCCAUGCAUUGUAAUUUGUACAUACGUUUUAUUUUUAGGAAGGGUCAUCACACUUGUUGCUGAAUUAAUUUUUUUUGUGGUUACGAGGUUUAUCCCACUGGAUUUUAUUUGCACCCAAUUGCUAAAUAAUGAGCCCAUCAUGGGUUUUUAAUUUAUUGACUGAAGCAAGCAUAACGUCUCGUAAGUUUUAAAUGAAAUGUUUUAAUUCAGCUGCAUGUUUGUUAUUCCUUUGUUUCCCAAGGCCAUAAAUCUGUGAUUGUGUAUAAUUAUUACAAGGUGAGAUUUAAUGUAAAUAAAUGUUUUUUAUAUAUAAUAUAUAUAUUCAAGAA